UAGCCAUGUGCCCAAGUAAUCUACCAUUUGGAUAAGCACUACCAAAAAAAAAAAAUCAGAACACUUUACCUAAAACACAAGGUAGUUUAUUUUAACCACUCAUUAUCAAGUCUCCAACCAUCUUUAAAAGCCAUCACUUGAUAAGAGAAACUCAUUGUUUUGUGAUAAGAAAAGUCUUGUCAAACUGCUCUUAUCAUAACACACCAUAUAAACCACUUAGAUAAAAUAGACAAAAUAUGGUUAGGGAAAUCAGAGCAACAGGUAUAAGAGGUGUUGAAGAUAUAACAAAUGUUGGCAUUUGGAGUCUCUGGUUGAUGGUUUUGGUUUGCUUGUGUAUCAUUUCAACAAUCAUUUUCUCUUGUGCAGAUGGUGUUUCUAAAGAGAAAGAAGCAACAACUCAUACCGAUAACUAUGGUGCCGGAUGUGGUGCAGGUUGUGGCGCUGCCUGUGGCGCCUGACUAGUAAAAAAGCAAAUAGUAAGAAUCAAAUCCACGCCUAUUGCGUGGAAGAUGACUCCCACUGAUACCACUAGACUAUAAGUCUUGCUGAGAAGUUUCUUUCCUUCUGCAUAUGCUCUACUUGUAAUGGGGG